AUGCGCACUGGGACGACGAGCUGCAGGUUCGCCAGCGGGCGGGCUAUCGCCCGGGCGCCCGUCGCGGCCAGGCGUGCCUGCCGUUCUGCGGUGGUGGUGCGCGCCGAGGUGCCCGAGGGCUUGAACAAGUACAGCAGCCGCAUCACGCAGCCCAAGGCCCAGGGCGCCUCGCAGGCCAUGCUGUACGCCACCGGCCUGACCGAGAAGGACAUGAACAAGCCGCAGGUGGGCGUGUCGUCGGUGUGGUACGAGGGCAACCCGUGCAACAUGCACCUCAUGGACCUCGCCGCGGAGGUCAAGAAGGGCGUGGAGGACUCGGAGAUGGUGUGCUACCGGUUCAACACCAUCGGCGUGUCGGACGGCAUCUCCAUGGGCACCGAGGGCAUGUCCUACUCCCUGCAGUCCCGAGACAUCAUCGCCGACUCCAUCGAGACCGUCAUGUCCGCCCAGUGGUACGACGCGAACAUCUCCAUCCCCGGGUGCGACAAGAACAUGCCCGGGACGCUGAUGGCCAUGGGCCGCCUGAACCGCCCCGCGCUGAUGAUCUACGGCGGCACCAUCCGCCCCGGGACGUCGGCGAGCGGCGAGCCCCUGGACAUCGUGUCGGCGUUCCAGUCGUACGGCGCGUUCGCCGCGGGCAUCAUGUCGGAGGAGGAGCGCUUCGACACCGUGCGCAACUCGUGCCCGGGGGCCGGCGCGUGCGGCGGCAUGUACACCGCCAACACCAUGGCGUCCGCCAUCGAAGCGCUGGGCAUGACGCUGCCCUACUCUUCCUCGAUCCCCGCCGAGGACCCUCUCAAGCGGGACGAGUGCCGCAUGGCCGGGCGCGCGGUGCUCAAGCUGCUGGAGAUGGACCUCAAGCCGCGCGACAUCAUGACGCGCGCGGCGUUCGAGAACGCGAUGACGACCGUCAUGGCCCUCGGCGGCUCCACGAACGCCGUCCUGCACCUCAUCGCCAUGGCCAAGUCCGUGGGCGUCGAACUCACCCUCGACGACUUCCAGAAGUGCUCCGACAGGGUGCCGUUCAUCGCCGACCUGAAGCCGUCCGGGCGCUUCGUGAUGGAGGACCUGCACAAGGUGGGCGGGACGCCGGGCGUGCUCAAGUACCUCCUCGAGAAGGGCUUCAUCGACGGGUCGUGCAUGACGGUGACGGGCAAGACGCUCGCGGAGAACCUGGCCUCGUGCCCGCCGCUCGCGGACGGCCAGGAGGUGAUCCUGCCGAUCGAGAAGCCGCUCAAGUCCACCGGACACAUUCAGAUCCUGUACGGCAACCUCGCCCAGGAGGGCUCCGUCGCGAAGAUCACCGGCAAGGAGGGCCUGCGCUUCGAGGGGGAGGCCAUCUGCUUCGACUGCGAGGAGGACAUGCUGCAGGCGCUGUCGGAGAACCAGGACCAGUUCAGGAAGAAGGUCGUGGUCAUCCGCGGGGAGGGGCCCAAGGGCGGUCCGGGCAUGCCGGAGAUGCUGACGCCGACGUCGGCGAUCAUGGGCGCGGGGCUGGGCAAGGAGUGCGCCCUCAUCACCGACGGCCGCUUCUCGGGGGGGUCGCACGGGUUCGUCAUCGGGCACGUGGCCCCCGAGGCACAGGUGGGCGGGAACAUCGGCCUCCUGCGCAACGGGGACCGGAUCGUGCUGGACGCGGAGAAGCGGACCAUGGACGCGGUGGACGUCACCGACGCGGAGUGGGAGGAGCGGCGCAAGAGCUGGACGCCGCCACCGCUCAAGGCCACGCAGGGCACGUUGUACAAGUACAUCAAGAACGUCGCGUCCGCGGCGCAGGGCUGCAUCACCGACGCGUGA